UAAGCAAACCUAAGAACGACGCGUUUGGCCCUCUCUCUUCACGGAUAUUUUUUUUGCAUUUACCCUAAAAAGAAAUAUCCUGCAUAUAAUUUCGCUCAUUUUGUUGUCUACGUCUUUUGCUGAAUAUGUCUCUGCAGAAAAUCUAUGAGCUGAUCGAUUCAAAGAAGCAGUCGUACAUAGAACGCCUGCAUAAGGCCGUUUCCAUUCCGUCUGUCUCUGCGGACGCGUCUCUUCGGCCAAAGGUCGUCGAAAUGGCAGACUUCAUUGUUUCUGAAUUCGAAAAAUUGGGAGCUAAAAUGGAGAAGCGUGACAUCGGCUCUCACGUUAUGAAUGGAGUUGAGGUUCCUUUGCCUCCUAUUGUUCUGGGUCAGUAUGGUAAUGAUCCUGCCAAAAAGACUGUUCUUAUUUACAAUCAUUACGAUGUUCAACCUGCCAAAAAGUCUGAUGGUUGGGACUCUGAACCUUUUGAGCUUGUCGUUGACGAGAAAGACCGUAUGCUUGGUCGCGGUGUUACAGACGACAAGGGUCCUUUGAUGGGCUGGAUUGCUAAUCUCGAGGCUUACAAGGAAGCUGGUGUAGACUUCCCCGUCAAUUUGUUGAUGUGUUUUGAGGGUAUGGAGGAGUAUGGUAGUGAGGGACUCGACGACUUGAUUGUUGCAGAGGCCAACCGCUACUUCAAAAAGGCCGACUGCGUUUGCAUUAGUGAUACCUACUGGUUGGGUACGAGAAAACCCGUCUUGACCUAUGGUUUGCGCGGUGUGUCAUACUUUAACGUUACCGUCGAAGGUCCGUCUGCCGACUUGCAUUCCGGUGUCUUUGGCGGAACUGUUCAUGAGCCUAUGACCGACUUGAUUGCCGUCAUGGCUUCGUUGGUUAAGCCUGACGGUACCAUUCUCGUUCCCGGUAUCGUGGACGAAGUAGCCCCUCUGACGAAGGACGAGGACAAGUUAUACGAUAACAUUGAUUACUCUAUGGAUGACCUGAAACAAGCUGUUGGAGGUGAGAUUAAUGUUUACGACUCCCCGAAGGACACUCUUCAGCACCGCUGGCGCUAUCCUACUUUGUCUCUUCAUGGUAUCCAGGGAGCGUUUUCUGAAAGCGGCGCCAAAACCGUUAUUCCCGCCAAGGUGACUGGUAAGUUCUCUAUUCGUACCGUGCCCAACAUGACGGCUGAACACAUCAAUAAGUGUGUGAAAGAGCACGUUGAGAAGGUGUUUGCUUCUCUUAACUCGAAGAAUCGCGUGAGCGUUGAAUGUUUGCACAGCGGCAGCUGGUGGAUUUCUUCUCCUUUCCACUGGCAUUACACCAUUGGCGCUAAGGCUGUUAAAACUGUUUAUGGCGUGGAGCCAGAUUUGGUGCGCGAAGGUGGUUCUAUUCCUAUUACAUUGACAUUUGAAACUGCUCUUAACAAAAAUGUUCUCCUUCUUUCUAUGGGACGGGGUGAUGACGGAGCUCACAGUAUCAACGAGAAACUCGAUGUCGAAAAUUAUGUGAACGGUAUCAAGCUGUUCGCUACUUAUGUUGACGAGCUCUCCAAGUCGGAGCUUAAGUAGAAUGGGUAUUAUCCAGCCUUGAUUCUUUAUGAGCUUUGUUUGACCCGUCUCCGUUCUGUUCGCUACUAAAAUUCCGCCACUCAGUGUUUCCCGUGACGAUCUGACCAGUCAAUUGAGUAGCACAUAGCCACGUACCUCACUCGUAUAGCAAUUGAUAUAUGUCUUAAUGAAUGAUAAUUCCUACAUGUUUGCAAAGCUGCUAUGCCAUUGGCAGGGCUAUUUUCAUUCGCUCAAUGCGAAUAGUGAAAUAUAGUGCAU